GGUUUUCGGACUUCGGACUUCCUCAGGAUUGUAUUUAUAAUCCUACCUAACCGCUACUUCAUACAGACACCUUUUGACCCACACCCUAGGACUGGGUGCCUGGGGUGGGAAUAGCGGACUUAACGAACAGUCUUCCUUCACCAUCGUGUACCGAUGACAAAUGUCAGAAAAUCUCGGAAUACCGAAGGAAUCAAUUCGUAUCUUCACUUCGCUUCGUCGCUCUAUAUUCCCAUAGCAUAUCGUCGCUGAAUAGGUACAUAAUUCUCAAGAAUGACCAAAAGUGGCGAAAUAGAGCACCUCCGUAGAUGAAUAAUGAUUGAAGAAAAUUCCAAACCACACCCUCGUACGGAUGACGGUCGAGGGGUGGGGUUGUGAUGCCAAGUUUAAGCUACUCAGCUACAGAGGUGCUUACAUGGGUAUGCACCUCUAGCUGGCAAGGUGCUCAAGUAUGAAAGGCGCAUAAAUUCCAGAAAUUCUCAUUCUGUUGGAGUAUAAGUGAAGCUUCUUCAAUCUUCUGAUCUUCCUUGCAGACUCACAUUCUAAGCACGAUCCAACAAUGUCUAAGCUCGCCUUUACUCCGACGAUACCUCAGGGCUCCACGAUUCUGGUCACCGGUGCCAAUGGCUUGAUUGCUUCGCAUGCGGUCGAUCAGUUGCUAGCUUUUGGCUAUAACGUUCGAGGCACCGUCCGGGACCCUUCAAAAUGUACGUGGAUGGAACCGCUAUUCUCGUCGCGACAUCCUUCUAGUCGCUUCGAGUUGGUUCAGGUUUCCGACUUCGGCGCCCCUGGAGCUUUGGACGCGGCAGUCAAGGGGGUCGCUGGCGUUGCAGCAGUGGCCGGCGCGGCUGCAUUAACGAUUCAGGACAUUGAUAGUGCACUUGCGGAAGAAUGGCCGUGGAACGAGUCGCUCCUCCGGGCGGCGAAGAACGAGCCUAGCGUCAAGUCUUUUGUCUACACCACCAGCGCCUGGUCCGCGUACACCCCAGACCAGACCAAGAAGACCAAGCUGACGGAAUGGUCUUUCAACGAGCAUGCAAUUCAAGUAGUGAGAAGCAAUGCUACUCCUGAGGAGAAAGGCAUCAAGCCGUACAUGGCAUUCAAGACCUUACUGGAGCAAAAGCUUUGGGACUGGGUUAGGAGAGAGAAGCCGUCUUUCACUUUCAACUCAAUCCUCCCCGAAACUGUCAUUGGCAAGUGCCUCGACCCCAAGGGCCAGGGAUUUCCGAGUACUUGUGGGAUGGUGAAAUGGGUUGUCGACGGAGUUAACCUGGAUAUGCUCGCCUCAAUCCCGCCUCAAUGGCAUGUCGACACCAUCGAUUGCGGGUUGCUUUACGUAGCAGCUCUAAUCACUCCGGGGGUCAACGGAGAAAGACUUUUCGGGUUUAGCGAUCGGUAUAGUUGGCCUCGAAUCGGCCAAAUUCUGCAGAAGCUGUAUCCAGAGAAGAAGAUACCUGUUAUGGAGGAUAAUGGCUGGGAUCAAACAGAUGUACCAAACCAGAGGGCUGAGCAGUUGAUCAAGGGUCUAGGCCAUAAGGGGUGGACUAGCCUUGAGGAAAGCGUCAAGGCUUGUGCAGAGGGCUUUAUGUAGCCGUAGUGAUAGGGAAAAAAAACUUGAAUUACUGCUCAAUUGUGUACAUGGUAUAACGAGUUGAACCUAGAAAUUAAAGGUUGAAAAGGUGGCUAUUCCCAAUGUCCUUUUUAGAGCUUUUCGUGUGAUAGUACUUCAUUAUUUUUAGCAUGCGCGGGCUUAUUCUUCCUCCGUAUCUUCGCUCCCGUAGUCCGUUUCCAGUUCAUCUUUCUCUCUACGUCCCUCAAACUGCAACCACUUCGCGAUCCCAACAAUCCCAGUAUCAUCAGCGUUGUCGUCACCUCCGGACACCGCCGGGAUGUUCUUUACGACGUCAGUGUCAAGACCAAUUUCGUUCGCCAACGCAAGCAGAAAAGAGCGUUUUAGAUAGCGACCUUUUGUAGCCCAAAAUCCUUUUUCGAGCUGAUUCGGUAACACUUUACUCGUGUCUCUGCGGUAUUCAUGCCUCCAUGCUAGUCGUAAUUGAGCAGCCACGAACAAGAAAUAUAGGUAUCGGGCUCUUGGGCGAAAAUCGUUUUUGAAUGCGAGUUUCUGUCCGUCGAGGUCGCGCAUCAGGAUAGGCUCAGGGAGGGUUUCUGUGGAUUCUUGCACCACGCUGUUUAAUAUGUCUGCAUCGGGGUCCAUGAUUCUCCAC